AUGUCGUUACAAUUGGAUGUUAAGCUCUUGGAGGGUCUGAGUGGAAAGGGUCAACGCAUCGUCAAGGCGAAAUUCCGCGAUAGUGAACUUUCUACCAGACUGGCAGAAGGCCAGAAUGCCUGCUACUUUGGAGCAGAGCUGGUAUGGAGGGUUGCUCGUAGGCUUGAAGACAACGAUGAGCUUGUGAUUACCGCCUACGAUGUCAGUAAAUACCGACCAAAGAGAGCGAUUGGUUCUGUCACCGUUAACUUGGCAACUCUUGCACAGAAGCAAGUGCUCAGCUUGGAGGAGCCGCUUGUUGACGCAAACAAAAUGGUCACGAGCGUAACUCUCUCCUUUGACCUCUACUACCGACCGCCAGACCAAGGCGAAGCCGACCUUGACAUCGAGAGGUUUGGUCACCCUCUGGCUGACCUCCACCACGUCAGGAGUGCUGAUGAUCUUGGUGAAGGAGAUGCCGAUUUCGGCGAAGAUGCCAUGGAUGAUGCCAAAGACCUCAUGGAUUUAUACGGAUUUGGUGAUGGUACUGCUAUGAACAUUGACAAUCUUUCGGAGAAGUCCUCAGUUCUUUCUGGUCCGGUUCGAAGAGACCCAAAGUUGAGGGCACUCAUUGAUCCAACCAUUCUCAAGUCUGAAACAUUCACAGUCUCUGUGACAAUUGUGGAGGCGAAAGGUUUGCCCGGUGUGAACGUGAAUCCCAUGGUUGAAAUAACCGCGGCUGGAAAGACUCGCAAGACAGACGUUAAAUUCUACACAAACAAUCCUUACUAUAACAAAUUCUUUUCUUUUGAAUACUUUCUUCCCCGAGUGGCGGUGUUGGAUGAACUUGUUUGGAUCCGUGUGUAUAGCUUGAAUGCAAAAAUGAUCGCUCGUCUUCUUCCCGGAAAGCUGAUUGGCGAGUUCGUUAUUGACGUUAGAUCGAUCUUUGAGAGUAAAGGACAUGUGCUCACCAACAAGUGGGCUGUGUUGAUUGAUCCGAAGAAACCCCUUAGUGGACCGCAGGGAUACGUUCGAAUUGAUCUGGCCUUUCUCGGCAAAGAUGAUAUUCCAAAGCACAUCAAGCACGAGAAAGAUGAUGAAGAUAUAAGUCUUGAAGGAAAUCAGCUUGUUCCGAAGGGCAUAACUAACCUCUCGAAGAGGAACAUCACAGAGUUUUCGGUAAAGAUCUAUCGAGCCGAAGGACUGCCACCGAUGAAUACGGAUAUCAUUACCUCCAUUAAACAGGCCUUUGUGGGCGAUUCUGCUCCGAUGUGUGAUCCCUACGUAGAGGUCUCCUUCGGUGGUCACACUGCUAAAACUAAAGUGAAAAAAUACACCUACACUCCGAUAUGGAACCAAGAGAUUGUCUUUUGCGAUUUCUUCCCUCCCCUAACCCACACGAUCCGCCUCGCUGUGAGGGACUGGGAGGCCGUUAAGGACGAGACGAUUGCGACGCAUUUAAUCGAUCUUAAACAAAUUUUGGACAAAAGUAGUGAAAAUGUGAUGCCAACAUUUGGUCCUUCUUGGGUGAACCUCUACGGUUCACCAAGGACUUAUACUUACGAGCAGGCGCGUCGCCCAGACGACGAGCUGAAUAAGAGCCUGGGUGAGGGUGUCGCCUACCGUGGUCGUCUCCUCAUCGCCAUCAAGGCGCAACCGAGUAAAGAUGCCAUGAAAACAGGUGCUAUCCUUCGGGGCACUCCACCCGUUUCUGAGGUGAGGCAAACAGUUUGCAUGGACCUGGGGGCAUUGCCAAAGUCCAGCGGCAGUCUCUGCAACUACGGCAACAAAAUUGAUGGAAAGAAGGGUGGAAUAUUAAUGAAAGAUGAAGCCCCGUCGAAGUCGGAGACGAGAGCGAAGGUACGGUGGGACCACAGUCUAACCGACCCGAUGAACCUGAAGUCAGACGAUGGGCUUUAUUAUCAUGUGGAUUUCGGUGGUGUUCAGCCAUGCCUCUACCUUUUGAGUGAAUUCGAAGAUCAUCGUUUGAGAAUGUGCAUCCCCAAUAUUAUCGAGAAGAUCAAAACGGAAUUUACGUUUGCAAUGGAUCAGAUUUACUACCUGCUCCAGCGCCGAAAGCCAGGAUCGGCACGCCACCGAAUGCGGCAAAUCCUCCUCUACAAGAGUCGUAUCUUCCGAAAGGCCGCAAACGAUGUGCGCUCUUGUCGGGGUACUGCGCCUAAAACGUUGCUCGAUCUCAGCUAUCAGCGCCGAGUACGCGCCGACCUACUACGUAUCGAGAUCCUUCUCAAACGCCUUGGACGCAAACUCACCGGCGCCAACCUCUACGAGGCCAUUCGGGAGGCCAAUGCAGUGAUCAAACGUUUGAGCGAGCUCAUGGAUUGUGUACGUUCCAAACGCCUCUCACCACAACACGGCUUACCAGACGUCUUCGUCUCGAUGGUUUUGGACAAUAAGCGAAUUGGAUUUGUUCGAAUUCCGGCUCGUGAUAUCUACUACUCAGCGUCGGAUGAGGAACGAGGAAAACUUGCGUCGCAAGUGACAACUCACUUUGUGCGAAAACCUGGACAUGAAGGAGUGGGAGAAAAGGGCUGGCGUAUUCAAUGUCAACUGCGAAUGUAUACCUGGUUGGGUCUCGUGAAGGACUAUCUGGCUUACAAGAGGGGACUACCAGAAGGAUAUGAUCCUGAGUGUGUGUCUGGAGUCGAUCCUCCAAAAUCACUCAUUUAUGUUGAUUCGAGCAAAUUUGAGCUGCGGUGCUACCUCUACCUGGCGAAGAAUCUACUAGCAUCCAAUAAAACCGGUUUCUCCGAUCCGAUGGCACGGGUCCUAAUAAAUGACGAGAUGCUGGAGACUUUCCCCAUCUACGAUACCAUGAGUCCUCUGUGGGAUCUCACCCUCAUCAAAACCAAUAUCACCUUCUACCACAAACCGGAAAGUGUGCUGGCAAAUCCACCACAAAUUAUCGUGGAAUUUUUCGACGUCGAUGCACCUAAAACCUCCAAUUUUCUGGGUCGGUGUUUCUGCGAGCCCAAUAUCAUCAUCAAGGGUGCCGAUUAUCAACCGCCUCCACUUCAGUGGUGGCAGAUUUACCGUGGACAAACAACUGCAGGAAAGCUGCUUGCCAGUUUCGACCUUAUUGAGAUCGAUGCUUUGGAUGACAUUGAUGCGAUCCCCACUGUUGAAGACCUUGCUGAUUUCACCCGUCGAUUCAACGAACGCGUGCUCUUGGGUCCCGCUUGUGGGAUUCCCUUCUCUGACGACUCAGACGACUAUGGGGAGUAUGGGGAACAGUGGGACGAUGAGAUGCAGCAGGCAGCUCGUCUUUUAGACGAAGAUGCAAUGGCACAGCUGGAUGCACCCAUAGAGGAGGCAGAUGACUCGUACAGUCUUCUGUCCACUUCCACUUCUGGAAGCCUCGCCACUACAGCCACCACGACAAGAAAGAAGAAGAAGACGAAGGCUAAGGUAGGCUUAGCUACGGCUGAUUUGGUUCGAUGGCGAGCAGAUGAUGCGCUGCGGCUACCGGAAAACGUGCGUCCUCCUCUCGGCAGAUACAGACUUGAAGUGGUCUUUUGGGGUGUGCGUGAGUUGCGAAGGCAAUUUCUACUCCCUGUCAACCGACCAGUCAUUACAAUUGAGGUUGGCGGGACGAAGGUAGUGUCCGAUCUUCUCCGCAGUGCUAAGAUUAACCCACUUUUCGAAAAACGUCUCAAAUACGUUGAUUUGUACCUCCCAUUGGAUGAAAAGCUCUGGCCUCCAAUUACAGUUAUGUGCCAUGACCACAGAAUGUUUGGCGUUUUUAUAACGGUGGGGCUAUGCACUCUGCCAAACCCUACAGACUUCUUCGAGAAAAAAGAUCUGAUUGUCUACGAUGAGUACGAGGAAAGCAGCACACCGGUAGAGUCGGAAGUGCAGCCGGAGGGGAAGGCGCCGAUAUUUUCGAAAGCGCUAGCGGGCUUGGGUGAUCCUGACGCGGAGGAGACGCGAUCGGCGGAGGAAGCGAUGCUGCAGGCGGGCCGUUACGGCGCUCCACAACAACCCUCACAAGGGAGCUCUGCCAGUGGCAAUGGUGACGACGAAGAUGAUGAAGAUGAGGAUGAGUACAGUCGAAAGGAUAGCGUAACCAGGAGCAAGCCCUCUACCACCAUGACCCUUACUACUGAGACUCAUCCUGGUAUGUACACUGAACGCGAUCCCAUUCUAAAGAACGUUCCAAAAAAGGCUACCAGCAUACUUGGUGGCUAUGACGGACCGUUGGGGAAAGUUGUACCCCAGGCUGGACUCAAGACGUUCCCUGUUAACCCUAUGACGAAACUGUCGAAGCAACAGCUCAACACUCUCGACUGGUGGUCGAGAUUGUUCGCCUCUUUGAACGACAUUGACAUCGGCGACGACUCUGCAGCCGAUGACGAUAUAGAGGAGGCGGACUCACGUUUUGAUGACAACUUGGAGAAAGUGGAGCUCCUGCCAGAAGAUAUCGGCAUGGAGGAAGAAGUUGUAGCCGAAAUUCCAGACGAAGUUGUGGUCCAGGGUGGUCGAAAGUCUCGUCGUAACCAAAUCCGCAAAUUUUUCCGGUUAAAGCCUAAGAAAGAGCUCACAGCUCUUGAGAAAUUCGAGAAGCAGAAAGAAAAGGAGAGAUUGAAGAAAGCGAAGAAAAGUAAGAGGGGUAAAGGCGAACCCAAACUUCUUCUGAAGAUACGUGGAGAUGCAAAGAAAGCAUUCCUGAAAGAAGUGCAAGAUGACCUUAUCAUUACCAGUGCUGGAAUUGACACAAGCCUAAUUGAACGCAUCAAGAUAUAUUCAUCGGAAUUAGAGGAAGUUCCAGAUUUCCAAGGCUUUUGUUCACCCAUCCGGAAUUUUAAACUUUUCCGUGGAAAACAGGAUGACGAUGAUAUGACUGCGGAAGAACGUGCUGUGGGCUAUUUCAAGGGUAACCUCAAACUCUACCCUAUUCCUGAAGAUGCUGAUCCUCCAGAAUCUGUCGAAGAGUUACAUUCCUUCUCGAUACUCCCACAGCGAACCCGCUGGCGAGUUCUGGUUCGAUGCUACAUUAUUCGGGCCUUCAAUCUACACCCGGCAGAUCCCACAGGUCUUGCGGAUCCUUACCUCAUUGUUAGUAUGGGGAAAGAAGUAUUUAAUGAAAAAUCCAACUACAUUCCCAAGACCCUGCGUCCAACUUUCGGCAAAAUGUUUCAAUUUGAAGUAGAAUUCCCGACGACCACCAUCCUUCACAUAGAGGUGAUGGACCAUGAUAUUCUUGGCUCUGACGAUGUGAUUGGUCAAACCGUAAUCGACCUUGAGAGCCGGUUCUACAGUCCCCACAGAGCCACUUGUGGUCUUGCACAGACCUACUACAGUCACAGCUACGCACAGUGGAGAGACAAUAAACUCCCCACCGAAAUCCUUUCCGAUUUGUGCCAAAAGAGCGGUCUUCCUCCGCCCGUCUACACACAGAUUGACAACACCGUUAAAGUUGGAGGAAAGGAAUUCUAUGCAGAUACCACCAUUGUAGAUGAGACAGAGUCAACAAAGAAAUCAAACGAACCCCUGGCCCUGGCCGCAUUGAACCACUGGGACGAGGUGCCCGGGGGGACUGUGCUGGUGCCGGAGCACGUGGAGGUGCGGCGACUCUUGCAUCCGGAGAAGGGUAGCCUGGAGCAGGGCCGUCUGAUGAUGUGGGUCGACAUGUUUGAUCGUGAUGAAGGGAAACCACCACCACCAAUUGAUGUGACACCCCGAACUCCCGAGCCUUGGGAACUCAGGUGCAUCAUCUACAAUACCGCUGAGGUUGUCCUCAAUGACACCUCGCUGUUCUCCAAUGAGAAGAGCGCGGACAUUUACGUGCGUGGAUGGAUGCUAGGUGUUGGAGAGGAUGACCAGAAGACUGAUGUACACUACAGAUCUCUCUCGGGUGAAGGCAACUUUAACUGGCGUUUUGUUUUCCCCUUCAAUUAUAUGCGAUACGAAGACAGAAUAGUCUUUGCACGGAAAAAAGCCUUUGAUAUCGAUCCCGCCGAGGUUAAAAUGCCCUGUGACCUCACUCUCCAAGUGUGGGAUAAUGAACUUGUUCGAAGUGACAAGUUCUUGGGAUCGAUUGCUCUAAAACUAUCCCGAAUGCCAAGACCAGCAAAGACGCCAGCGACCUGUGGCUUACACCAGUUGGAGGAGAGUUGCCCUACGCUGUCGUUGUUCGAAAAUAAGCAAAUUCGCGGUUGGUGGCCACUUGUCAUUCACGACGAGGAUGAGGGGGUAGACGUCGUCCAGGGUAAAGUUGAGGUGGAGCUGCAUCUGGUCUCAGGGCAGGACGCUGAAGCCUCUCCUGUUGGCAAGGGUCAUGAGGAGCCUGAGGCACUCCCACAGCCUGACCGCCCAGACAGCUCUUUUAUGAGUUUCUUCGGCCCGCUCAACACCAUUCGUUACUUGAUCAAAUACAAACUGAAGUGGAUCCUCAUUAAGAUCUUGAUCGCCUUUCUCCUAUUGCUGAUCAUCUUCCUUCUAAUCUACACGUCGCCCGGGUGGAUCUCAAAGAAAAUUUGGAAUGCAUAG